GUCACCAGCAGUCCCAUGAUGGUUCAGCGACUGGGACCCAUUUCACCUCCAGCAAGCCAGGUCUCCACAGCAUGCAAGCAGAUCAGUCCUAGCUUACAGAGGGCAGUGAAUGCAGCCAACCUGAAUAUACCUCCUUCAGAUACCAGGUCCCUUAUUUCACGGGAGUCUCUGGCAUCCACGACUUUGAGUCUCACGGAAAGUCAAUCGGCCUUGAGUGUGAAACAAGAGUGGUCUCAGGGCUACAGGGCUCUGCCUUCGCUUUCCUCCAACCAUAGCUCUCAGAAUGGUGUGGAUCUAGGGGACUUCCUUGGCCUUCCUCCGGGGACAUCCAUGUCCAGCAAUAGUGUCUCUAACUCAUUGCCAUCCUAUCUUUUUGGCAUGGAAAAUACCCACUCUCCUUACCCUAGUCCCCGGCAUUCAUCCACCAGAUCCCACUCGGCCCGCUCGAAGAAGAGAGCACUGUCCUUGUCGCCCUUGUCAGAUGGCAUCGGGAUAGACUUCAAUACCAUCAUCCGCACCUCACCCACGUCCUUGGUUGCCUACAUCAAUGGGCCGAGGGCAUCCCCAGCCAACAUGUCCCCGCAGCCAGAGGUCUACGGGCAUUUCCUGGGGGUACGCGGCAGCUGUAUCCCCCAGCCAUGUGCAGUACCUGGCAGCCAGAAGGGCGUGCUGGUGACCAGUGGUGGCCUGGCGCUACCGGCCUAUGGUGAUGAUGGGGUACUGGAGUAUGAGCGCAUGCAACAGCUGGAGCAUGGUGGCCUUCAGCCCGGGCAGGUCAACAAUAUGGUGGUGCAGCAUGGCCUGCCGGGCCCUGAAGGCCAACCCUCUGGCAUGCUCAAGACUGAGCGACUGGAGGACUUCCCAGGUGGUACCCUGGAUCUGCCGCCUGCGCCCCCGCUCCCUCCCUUGCCACCGCCUCAAGGUCCCCCACCACCCUACCAUGCCCACCCUCACCUUCAUCACCCAGAGCUAGUGGCCCACAGCCAGCCACUGGCACUGCCUCAAGCCACCCUGGACGAUGAUGGAGAGAUGGAUGAUGGUGGGGGCAAGCACUGUUGUCGCUGGAUAGAUUGCAGCGCCUUGUAUGACCAGCAGGAGGAACUUGUGCGGCACAUCGAGAAGGUCCACAUUGAUCAGCGAAAGGGGGAAGACUUCACUUGCUUCUGGGCUGGCUGCCCUAGAAGGUACAAGCCUUUCAACGCCCGCUAUAAACUGCUGAUCCACAUGAGGGUCCACUCGGGGGAGAAGCCCAACAAGUGUACGUUUGAAGGUUGCAAGAAGGCCUUUUCAAGGCUUGAAAAUCUCAAGAUUCACUUGCGGAGCCACACCGGCGAGAAACCAUAUCUAUGCCAGCAUCCGGGCUGUCAGAAGGCAUUCAGCAACUCCAGUGACCGUGCCAAGCACCAGAGAACGCAUCUGGACACUAAACCUUAUGCUUGUCAAAUUCCAGGAUGUACCAAACGCUACACAGACCCAAGUUCCCUAAGAAAGCAUGUGAAGGCACAUUCUUCCAAAGAUCAACAAGCAAGGAAAAAGCUUCGGUCCAGCACUGAGCUCCAUCCAGACCUGCUCUCAGAUUGCCUCACUGUGCAGCCCUUGCAGCCAGCCACUUCUCCAAGAGACACUGCUGCUGAUGGCAACGUGGGAUGCUCUCCCGGGCCUGGGCCUGACCUCUAUCCGGCUCCCAUUUUCUCCAGCAAUCAUUCAAGCCGAAGUGGAACAGCUGCUGGGGCCGGGCCACCCCCACAUCCUGUCAGUCACCCUUCUCCAGGACAUAAUGUACAGGGGAGCCCCCACAACCCCUCCUCCCAGUUACCUCCACUCACAGCUGUGGACGCAGGAGCUGAGAGGUUUGUACCUUCUGCUCCAUCUCCUCACCACAUCAGCCCCCGGAGAGUUCCGGCUCCUUCCUCAAUACUGCAGAGAACACAGCCUCCCCACACCCAGCAACCAUCAGGUUCACACCUGAAGUCCUAUCAGCCAGAGACGAACUCCUCUUUUCAACCAAAUGGUAUCCACGUCCAUGGAUUUUAUGGACAGCUGCAGACCUUCUGCCCCCCGCAUUACCCCGACUCCCAGAGAACUGUGCCUCCUGGCAGCUCCUGCAGUGUGGUGCCUUCCUUUGAGGACUGCCUGGUCCCCACGUCCAUGGGCCAGGCUGGCUUUGAUGUUUUCCACAGAGCCUUCUCGACUCACUCAGGCAUUGCAGUGUAUGAUUUGCCUUCAGCUUCCUCAAGCCUUUUUGGGGAGUCUCUUCGCAAUGGGCCUGAAGACAACACGUUCUUGCAGAUCAGUGCUGUGGACCGUUGUCCUAGCCAGCUCUCCUCUGUCUAUACUGAAGGCUAG